UUCCGAAUUGUUGUGCCUUCUGCGGGGCAGCUACCAGUCCUUUUCGGAUUUGUUACCGUCGAAAUGAAGGCCAGCGGACUGUUAAAGCAGUACGAGAUAAUCGGCCGGCCACUGCCGACCGACAAGCUGAAGUUUCCACCUUUGUACAAGAUGGUGAUCUUCGCCCCAGACAAGGUUGUGGCAAAGUCUCGUUACUGGUACUUCACCAGGAAGCUGAAAAAGAUGAAGAAAACGGGAGCUGAAAUCGUUUCGCUUCGCAAGCUUCAAGAUAAGUCCCCCACCAAAGUGAAGAACUUUGGCAUUUGGCUGCGUUACAACUCUCGCAGUGGCACUCACAACAUGUACAGGGAGUACCGUGAUGUCACUGUGGCUGCUGCAGUGACUCAGUGCUACCGUGACAUGGGUGCAAGGCACAGUGCUCGUGCGUCAUCUAUCCAGAUCAUCCGUGUGGAAGCCAUCCCAGCUGCAAAGUGCAGAAGGCCGCAUGUCAAGCAGUUCCAUGAUAGCAAGAUCAAGUUCCCACUUCCCUCAAGGGUGCCACGCAACUUGCAUGCUCCACGUUUCACCACAGUGCGACCUGAGGCCAAGUUCUAAAAAUGCUUAUGAGGAUUUGAUGCUGUCAAUAAACGUGGCACUGUCACACCACCUUAC